AUGGUGAUACCGACUCUACUGAGCAACGGUGUGGUUGCGGCUACUGUCACCUACUUGUUUCAGCACCUCUUCUUCCGCCUUGAUAUUCAGGUGGUUUUCAGUUUUAUGGGUUAUGAAUCCGUUCGAAUCAUGAUCAUUAGGUUAAGGAUAUUGGGUCAUGGAUAUGUGGUCUUUGGGGCUAUGUAG